AUGUAUAUUAUCGUACGUUAUGUUUAUCAGAAUGUUAUUCAAGAGAGGGUUGUUGGGCUGAAAAAUGUAUUGAGCUUGAAAGGAAAAUCAUUGGCUGACAUCAUCAUUGAAAAGUUGGGUGUAUUGCAGAUUCCAUUGCAAAACAUGAUAGGAAAGGGCUUUGACGGUGCAAGUAAUAUGUCCGUCAAGGACAAUGGGGUCCAACAACAUCUCAGCGAGUCUGGGGCUACCCUUUCGUUGUACUUCCAUUGUUUUGCCCACUGUCUAAAUUUAGUCCUUGGGAAGACAGCAGAAACGCUACCGCUGGUCAAAGAUGUGUUCGACACAAUUGGCUCUAUUUAUAGAGUCAUGGAAGGUUCCCCACAACGAACAGCAGUCUUUGAAAAGUGGCUGAAAGAAUUUUCCAUAAAUGAAGGACACAGGGCCCUCCGAUCUGUAUCAGACACCCAUUGGACUGCACGGGUCGACAAUCUAUCAGCAACUGCAAAUACAUUGCAGGCUUCGAUUGCAGCAUUAAGAGAGUUGGGGCCGAAAGAAGCUGCGUGUGCUGGUCUCUUAACACAACUGAACUCUUUUGAAUUUUUGCUCAAAUUGAUGAUUCUGAAAGAAGUCUUUGAGAUUUCUAAGUAUGCAUCAGAAUAUCUCCAAAGGGCCGAUAUGGAUAUGGUAACGGCAGUCGACGCUGUUCAGACCUUGAUACGACAAAUCACUUCUCUUCGAGACGAGAAGCAUUUUGAUGAAUUGGUCUGCAAAGCCAAACUUCAUGCUUCUAAGUGUAACGUCAAUAAUACCUUCAACGAAGCAAGUAAACGACGCCGCAGACUACCAGAAUGCCUAGGAGAUGGUCAAACUUUGCUUGACGCAACAUUCAGCCACAGCAUUGCAACUCCUUCAGAGUCCAGUCAGUCGGUUACAGCAGUAGAUAAUUUUCGUCAUGUCUUCUACUAUCCCUUCUUGGAUUUGAUGCUCAAUGAGCUUGGAAAGAGGUUCUCUGUUGAGUCAUGUGAGGUGAUAAUGCAAUUAUCAGCUUUCAAUCCACUUUACUGGAAUGCUGGUAACCAGGGAAAAGUUGGCAAAUUUGCGAGCCGUUAUGGUAUUCCUGCACAGCAGACCUGUCAAGAAUACAUGCUAUUGAGAGAAUCGCGAUUCUUCAGCAAGCUGCUGUUAGAAAUGGACGAAUGGAAAAAGAAAGGCUGGAAGAAUCUGUGUUUACCAUUAAUUCUGAAGAUGUUCCAGCAGAGUGACCUUGAGAGUCUUUAUCCAAAUCUACAUUUGUUAAUCAGAAUUGCCUCAUGCAUCCCCGUUUCUAUAGUGUCUUGUGAGCGAUGUCAUAGCAAAGUGAAGCUAAUUAACACUUAUCUUCGGGCUACAAUGACAGAAGAUCGUCUGGAAAAUCUUGUCCUGAUAAGCAGCGAGAAGGAUAUUUCAAAAGAAAUAGAUUUAUCGACCAUUCGAAAGCAAUUCGCUAUUAAACCUAGGAAACUGGCCUUAUAA